AUGCAGAACCGCCACUGGAGCUACUUCUCCUGCUUUGGAUACGGCCUAGCCCUCCUCUGCACUAUGGGAUAUCUACACACGAGCACAGAUGCUGCAGCAGCUGAGCGUGUGUUCCCCGGAGGGGCCCUGGUGGAGUUUGGGCCGGGGGCGGCGGCCGUCGGUGACCCAGCUGGACUGUUCGAUCAGGGGAGCUGGACAAGAGGGGAGGGGGAGGGGGGCCGACGCAGGAGGAGGAACGUACUGCUGCCCAGCGGAGUCCGAAUCUGCUCCCAGGAGUCCCUGCAGCAGGCCCUCCAAUACCACUUACAGUACUACCACCUCAGAGUCUGUCAGGAGACGGUGUGGGAGGCCUUUAAGAUCUUCUGGGACCGACUGCCCAAUCAGGAGGAGUACCAGCUGUGGAUGGGCCAAUGCCAGGAGGGCAUUAUGACAGCCCGCGAUAUUGGCGCCACUUUCAGCCAAUCAGAAGAGCACUUGGCUCUUGUCAAUAAGAGACUGGCCCUGAGCAAUGAGAGGAGUCAGGGCACACUACCGCCUGAGUGCAGAGCACAGACAGAAGCACCGCCCCCUCAGGAGAGUAAACCAGUCCAAACAGAGGAUGAGGCUGCUGUGUCAGAGCACGGUGAGGAAGAGUUGCCCUUGGAAGAAGUGGAGGCUGCCAUGGUUACCGAUUUAACACCAGUUGAUGUGCCGGAGAUUGACAAUGAGAUUGAGGUGGAGGCAGUUGUCUUACCAACACGGGCCGUGAUGGAGCAGCAGGUGGAACUGAGCGCGCUCCUACACGGAGAACCCUGGAGUGAAGACCUCAACGACCCCACCUCCCUCACACACCACACACUCUCACAGGAGUUCACUCAGAAGGUCUCUGCUGCACUUGAGAAGCUGCAAGAGUUUAAGAGUGUGUCUGUGGUAGAGUUCAGGCCUCAGACGGAAGCUUCUGGCUUUGAGAGUGUGCGUGUGGAGUAUGUGGUGUCGGUGCUGACGGAUGGAGGAGAGGUUAGUGGGGAGACACUGGACUUCAUCAACCUGCAGUCCAACAUGGUGGAGAGCAGCUUCAUCGACCCCGAGCUGCCCACUGCGGAGUACACCAUCACUGACCUCAGGAGCUUUAUCACGGAGGCAUUACACGUGGUGGAGACGUACGCUCUUGAGGAGACUGAGCCCAGCACUGGACCAGCUGAGGAAGGCAGCAUUGAUGACAUCCUGGCUGCAGAGAUUCCCCUUGACUCCGGACAGGAAGUGUUUGAGGAGGUGCCGAAGGACGACCUCCUCGACCCCACCUUGACCACUGACCCUUGGGGUGGCCAGGAGGCUGAGGUCAUCGGGGAGAAUGAUGUCAUCAUUCUAGAUGAGAGUGAUGCAGAGCCACCUCUCACUGAACACACAGCUGAGGAGGAGGAGCAGGAAGCACCAGCAGUGGACGAGGGAGAGGAGCUUUUGGUCAGUAAUGUUGUGGACGCUGAGGCUAACCCCACAGACAGCCCCUCGGUGGAGAACGAGGCUGUUGCUGAUGACCUGGCCACUGAAAUCUCUGGAUCGGGCUCGGGAGGAGAGGAUUGGCCGGCCGUGGUGGGCGUGAGCCUGCCUGAAGCCCCGCCCCCCGAUACGGAGGACAGCACAGCGGAGGCGCCUGCUAGUGAUGUCACAGAGGAGGAAUAUGACAUCAGCACCAUCACCACAGUAACGGUCGAGGAGGAGGAGGAGGAGGAGGCUAAAGAGGAGACAGUCCCCGCCGAGGCCCAGCAGGAGGAGGAGGAGCUUGUGGUUCCCAUGGAGACCGAGGCUCCUGUGGUCAUAGAGGAAGAGGCAGAGCAAGAGGAGCCAGGUGUGUCAGAGGUAGACCUCACGGAGGAUGAGAUCCUAUUGGUCGGCGAGACGUCCGAGGCCCCACUGGACUCUAUCCAGCCCACACCCAUCUCCCCGGAGAAGGAAUCCCCCUUCACCCUCAUCGCCAUGGUUACACCUGAGGAGGAAGAGCAAAUGAAGAAAGCGACAGCGUCUACAGAGCCGCCCAUCGUUCUGACCGUGUCCGAGGUGGACUACGACGUCUAUAUCCACGGUGACCACAUGGAGGACGGCAGUGGCUACUUGGAUGACCCCGGCAGAAUCGCCAUGCCAACCAACCCUGGGCGGGCACUGAUGGUGUUCUUCAGCCUGAGGGUCACCAACAUGGUGUUCUCCGACGACCUCUUCAAUAAGAGCUCACCGGAGUACAAGGAACUGGAGCAGCGCUUCCUUGAGCUGCUGGUGCCAUACCUGCAGUCCAACCUCAGUAACUUUGAGAACCUGGAGAUUCUUAACUUCCGUAACGGCAGCAUCGUGGUGAACAGCCGCAUGAAGUUUGGGAAGCCCGUGCAGCGCGGGGUCACCAGCUCGGUCUACCUCAUCCUGGAGGACUUCUGCAACACCGCCUACCAGACCAUGAACCUCGCCAUAGACAAGUACUCACUGGACGUGGAGUCAGGUGAACAGGCGGACCCGUGUAAGUACCAGGCGUGUAACGAGUACGCGGAGUGCAUGGUGAACCGCUGGUCGGGUGAGGCGGAGUGUGUGUGUAAUGCCGGCUACUACAGCGUGGACGGACUGCCCUGCCAGAGCAUCUGUGAGCUGCAGUCCGACUUCUGCAUGAACGACGGCAAGUGUGACAUCAUCCCUGGAAAAGGAGCAAUCUGCAGGUGUCGUGUGGGUGAAAACUGGUGGUACCGUGGUGAGCACUGUGAGGAGUAUGUGUCGGAGCCACUGGUGGUUGGCAUCGCCAUAGCGUCAGUUGCCGGGUUUCUACUGGUGGCUUCUGGCGUCAUCUUCUUCCUGGCAAGAGCCCUCAGGGACCAGUAUGACAAAGAGGAGACUGAGGACCCCUUACGGCACGGGGACAGCCUGCCGUCUCUGGAGCGGGCCACUAAGUACAACCCCAUGUACGAGAGCGAGGCCACCACGGGCUACAGCCACUACUACCGCCGCUACCCCGACCCUCCCAUUCACAGCAGCGCCAGCGCAGAGGCCUCCACCGACUUCAGCAGCGAGGAGAUACGACACAUCUACGAGAACAGCGAGCUCACACGCGAGGAGAUCCAGGACCGCAUCCGGAUCAUCGAGCUCUAUGCUAAGGAUCGCCAGUUUGCAGACUUCCUGCGGCAGCAUCAAGUGACGUUGGAUACACGGAGAGAGAGCACUUCCACAUAGACCAACGAAACAGCUGUGAACAAGAUAUCUGCCUUCAGAACCUGACAGUCCUGUUGCCAUGGUAUUGCUUGGAGAACACGAUGGACGAUUUAGAGAAUUAUGGACGAUGGACGAUUUCUCGAUUUAGAGAACUGUUUAAUUUCUUUGUGAGGCAAAGAGACGUAGUUGGACACUCAUGUGCAGAGGAAGCCGCUGGUGAAUCGGACGUGAUGGACCAUUUGUGCAUCGGGGUGAUGACGACAUUCAGACAAGAUUUCGGUUUCCUGGAUGCUCUUGUUAUCACAGCCAAAACACCUGACUUUAGGUUCUCAGUCUUCAUUGGUCAAGCUGCUUUGUGCUACGUCAGUGCCUUUUCCUGAUUGGAUAAACCGCUGUUGGAAUGGACGAGUUCUCUGCCAAUCAUGAAAUGGCCGUCUGUAAUCCCAUUGGACACUUGAAAACUGAUGACUAUCUUCUUAAAGUAACAUUUUAUCUAGCGUAAAUACUCAGUCUCAAUGUGGUCGUGAAAUAUGUGUUGACUGGUAUUAUGUACCACUGCUAUUGAUAGCAAAGAGAGAUAGAUGAUUGAUGAUUUUUUCCAGCAUUGAUGUAAACUUUCUUGGGUGAGGGACAGCUCAGCAGCUCCCGCACAGUAGGUGUAGGCAUGGGGACUUGACUCAGGUGUGCUGGGGAUCCCCUGGACUCUAGUGGAUCAUGACGUGUACACACAUGCCCUGUAUUCCUGUAGCGGACACUUUUCUCCAAAGUGCAAGAGGGUUUCCACUGGUGAGUUUGCUGCCCGGCUAUGGGACCCCUGCCCUGGCUCCAACAACAACACUUAUGGCUAUGGGGCCCCUGCCCUCCAACACUUAUGCCUAUGGGGCCCCUGCCCUCCAACACUUAUGGCCAGAUGCUGCCCACGGAGAGCUGCUGAGGUUCUCAGAUCAGAGGUGCGUUCAAUAACCACAAUCAUAGCCCAGACCGUUUUGCAGUUUGUCUUGAGUUUUUUUUGCCGCAAACAUUUCCACAAACACACAGUUAGUUCUCCGCAAACAUUUUGGGAGUUGGAUGGAGAGUUACUGCUGAAAUGAAAUGUUUACACAAUAUAGUUCAAAUGUAUCUGUUCAGAGAAAACAGGUUCACCACAAAUGUCCGCCUCUGUUCAAGGAACACACCUCUGCUCUGUGCUAUAUGCUGUAUGCUGUAUGCUGUAUGCUAUAUGCUAUAUGGGUGUGCUAGGAGCUGUCCAUGGUGCUGAGGGAACCGUUGUCAGUAGACUGGAGGAAUGGGUGUGAGCUUCUCUCACUCUGUCUGUCUGUCUGUCUGUCUGUCUGUCUGUGUCUCUGCUCAUUACACCUAGAGCUGUGUUUACAUUAGCCAAGUUUUUGUUUGAUUCUCUCUCUCUCUCUCUCUCUUUCUCACACACACACACACACACACACCACAUCACAUACAAACAAUAGAUCACAUACACACAACUAAUCAUGUCCACUAGGGGAUCAUUUUCUUUAGCUCUCUCUUUCUCCCUCUUUUUCUCUCUUUAUUUUGCUUAUUCUGUCUUUAUUUUGCUCUCUCUCUCUCUCUCUCUCUCUCUCGCUCUCUCGCUCUCGCUCGAAAUCAAACCCAACCUCCAACCUAAAAACAGCUGGCAUGCAAGCUGGCCCUACUAAUCCCCUUCUCUGAGGUGUGGAGUGCCUGCCAAGGCUGCUCAUGCUCCGAACCACCUCUCUCUCUCACUCCCUCCCUCUCGCUGCAAGGCCAGGAUGGGCUGGGCAUGAGCUAACCCUCUGCAGCUUUAACUAUAUAAUCCAUAUGGCCAGAAGACAACUGGCUCCGGGCUCCAUCUGGCUGACAUACGGCCUGGGUCUGGCCCAGGUGUGGUCAGGAGUUGGCUCUCACCGAGGUAGCCAGCUGUCUUCUGGUUAUAUGUUAGUUGCUAGCCGCUAACCGCUAGCUCCUAGCAGAUAGCUGCUAACUGCUAGGUCCUGUGUUCAGAUCUGGGUUAGGGUGAGGGUUGGUGUAGGUGGUGUCGGUGAGUAGAUUGCAGAGGGUGCUCUCUCAGAAGUGAUACACACUACACCUACAUUCACAUUUGUAUGUGAACGAACACACACACACACACACACACAGACACACACACACACACACUCAUGCAUACACAUGCAUAACAUACAUGGUAUAAUAUCAACCUACAUGGAUGCAUGCAUAUACAGUACUGUACAUUACCCACAAUGCAUCAAUGCAGUACCUAAACA